UGAUGUUUCUUUAAGCCUAGGAGGUUGGGGGGGGUGCUAUAAAAAGAUGAACAAAAGCUUAUGGGAAAAGAGGUUUCUCUAGUGUAUUAAAAAACUUAAAUUUAAUAAACUGGAAUGAGGGCCCAGAGUUAAUUAAUUACAGAGUUGUUGCAAGUUUAGUAAUUUAUGAAGAAAUAUCAGACAAUGCCCUGUGAUUGCUUCAGAACUCGGAAUGAAAAUGAAUAGGGGUAAGGAAUCAAGUAGCCCGUUGAAGGGUGGGACAUUAGCUUGACUGUCAAUCAACAAUCACUUUAAUCCAUAUCUGAGAAGAAUGGACCUUAAACCUUGUUAAUCUUAGUAUCAUAUCUUCUGAACUGAUAUAUAAUGGAAAAAACCUUUACUUUCUAAUAAUUACCACUCUCCUGAAGUGGAAUGGGCUUCCUGAAGAGGUAAUAGGUUCUUAGUAGUGAUGAAAAGGCAGGCUGGCUAGUGGUUAAAUUAGAUAAUUUCUAAGGUUCCUUCCAGCUCAGAUUCUAUGAUUCUGUGAAUGUCUCAACAAUAGAAACUUCUCCAGUCAACUUAGAAGCUAAAGAGUUUCUGAGGGAUUUUAUUCCUACAUUUUCGCUAAGUGCCUGGUCAAGACCUCAUCAUAGUUAAAGAGUUAUUUUUAUUUAAUAAAUUUCCGCCAUUAUUCUGGUGCCUUUAGUGAAAAUAGUGUAUCAAUUAAAAAAGAAUGGGAAAUGAAAAUCUAGAAUAAAUUGUGAUACUCAGUUUGAUUCUCAGUUCCCGAAAUCAGCCCAAACCUUUCACCCUUUCUAGUGGCACCGGCACCUUAAAACAGUGUAAAAGAGUAGAGUAUUUAUAACACACGAUGUCUCAUUUUAAAGCUACUCUCGUGUGGGUGGUCCAUUUAUCCGGAUUGCCUCUGCACACCCCACGGUCCACGCCUUGGGAAGAACAAUAGCAUCUCUGAAGUCGCCGUUACGAUGGUGGGAUGGAGAAGACUCCGUACCCUGCUUAUUAGGUUGGGGCGGCUUUAGGGGUCGCUGAUACCCUCCUCCCAGAGCUCUAAAGUCCCAAUCACGUGCCUCUUCCCUCCCCCUUUUUCGUCGCUGCCUUUGUGGCUUGUCUGUAGCUAAAGCGGCGGUGGACACAAAGGGGAGACAGAGAGAGAGAGGGGUGGAGAGCGUGGAGAGGAGAGAAGAGGAGAGGAACUGAUUCCCCCCCACCCCCCGCUUCCCGAAACCCCCUCCCCCAUCUGUUCCCUCUCUCUUACCCUCGCGCGUACACACAUACACACACACUCCCUUGCACGCUCACACACACACUCACAUACAUACACGCGCGCAUCCACAGAGGAGCGGAGGCCUGGCGGCUCGUGGCUUGCAGUGCUGAGCCAAGAGUUGGGGGCGCGGCUGUUGCUGCUCCGGGGUUCCCAUUGUACCACCGACUCUCGAACACCCGGGGAGGGGAUGCUGAAGUGCUGCCCCGGGGAGGAGCGGACAGGACGGGCGCGGCUGCUUGGUGGUGGAGGCUGCGGCCGCUCCUCCGGGGUGUGAUUGAUGCUCUGGGCCUGCUGCUCCCUGCGCUCAACGCCGUCCUCCUCGGGCAGUUAGUUAUGGGGGCCGCGGGGGCCGCCAGCGCCGCGGGGACCACACUCCGGCUGCCCGCGGCUCCCCAGCUCGCUUUCUGCUACACGUCGGUUUUUCUGCUUUUCGCUUUCUCCGUGCCCGGGAGCAGAGCGUCCAACCAGCUCCCGGGAGGCGGCGGCGGCGGUGGCGGCGGCGGGGCAGGAGCGGGCGCUGGAGCAGCAGCCGGAGGAGGAGGGGGCGCAGCCGGAGGAGGAGGAGGAGGAGACUGCCCUGGCACGGGCAAAGGAAAGAGCAUCAACUGCUCAGAAUUAAAUGUGAGGGAAUCUGAUGUAAGAGUUUGUGAUGAAUCGACUUGUAAAUAUGGAGGACUCUGUAAAGAAGAUGGAGAAGGCUUGAAAUGUGCAUGUCAAUUUCAGUGCCAUACAAAUUACAUUCCUGUCUGUGGCUCAAAUGGAGACACUUACCAAAAUGAAUGCUUCCUCAGAAGAGCUUCUUGUAAACAUCAGAAAGAGAUAACAGUAGUGUCAAGAGGACCAUGUUACUCUGAUAAUGGUUCUGGCUCUGGAGAAGGAGAGGAAGAAGGGUCAGGGGCAGAAGUUCACAGGAAGCAUUCCAAGUGUGGACCCUGCAAAUACAAAGCUGAGUGUGAUGAAGAUGCAGAAAAUGUUGGGUGUGUGUGUAACAUAGACUGCAGUGGAUACAGUUUUAAUCCUGUAUGUGCUUCUGAUGGGAGUUCCUACAACAACCCAUGCUUUGUUAGAGAAGCAUCAUGUGUGAAACAGGAACAGAUUGAUAUAAGACAUCUUGGACAUUGCACAGACACAGAUGAUACUAGUUUGUUGGGAAAGAAGGAUGAUGGAUUACAGUAUCGACCAGAUGUGAAAGAUGCUAGUGAUCAAAGAGAAGAUAUUUAUAUUGGAAACCACAUACCUUGCCCUGAAAACUUCAAUGGUUAUUGCAUACAUGGAAAAUGUGAAUUCAUUUAUUCUACUCAAAAGGCUUCUUGUCGAUGUGAAUCUGGUUAUACUGGACAGCACUGUGAAAAGACAGACUUUAGUAUUCUCUAUGUGGUUCCAAGUAGACAAAAACUUACUCACGUCCUUAUCGCAGCCAUCAUUGGAGCUGUACAGAUUGCCAUUAUUGUUGCAAUUGUCAUGUGCAUUACAAGAAAAUGCCCUAAGAACAACAGAGGACGUCGGCAGAAGCAAAACCUAGGCCAUUUUACAUCGGACACAUCAUCCAGAAUGGUUUAAUUCGAUGACUUUUAUAUGUACACCAACCAUGUGAUAAACAUUUUAUUAUGUCUUUUUUUAAAGAAUAGAAAUAUUUAUUUCAGAGGCCUUAUUUUUGGACAUUUUUAGUGGAACACUGUUGGCUUGUAUUUAGAAAAGCAUCAACUCUAACAAUUAUGGAGUUUCUGUUUUGUGUUUUUAAAUACUGAAUUUCAUUUUCUGUAUCUGUAACACAUGGUUAUAUAAGACUUGUACUUUACCCAUGGAAUGUAAUAUUUUUGCAAACCUUGAUCACUUCACAAAUAAUUAUAGUCACACACACACACACACACACACACACACAAGAAUCAAGCAUGAACUAAAGGUAAAAGAUGUUUACAAAUUACUUUUCAUACAAAAAAAAAUCCUAGAAGACACUGUGUUUAAAUAGAUAUUUAAAUGUUUUUGAGAUUUAGUACAUGAUUUUUUUAGAUACUGCUUAUCGCAUGAAUUGUGAAGCUGUAUAUGUGUGUAGCUGUAAAAUAUUUAUAAAAUGUUUGGAUUGUAAACCAAGCACUAUUCUCCUUGUGAAACAUUUCUAACAUUUGGAAAAGGUUCUUAUGGUGCUGAUGGAACAAAUCCAUAAAAAGUGGGCCUUGGUAGAUUUAGUUAUUGUGAUCAUUGACUUUAAAAGGCAACAGAUUGGAAUCAAGCCUACUUUUUUCAUUAAGACCAUUUUAAUAGUCACUUUUUUAAAGAAAAUAUUUGUUUUAAGACAAAAAAUGAAUCAAUUGUAUUAGUGUUUGUGAUUAAAAUGCAAAAAAACCCCCAUAAUUUACAAGCAGUGUUCUUGAAGAGAAUAUGCCAAGAGCUUAAAAAAAAAAACCCUCUCUCCAAAUUAGACUUCUGGUUAUAGUUAUAUUAAUAGAUUGUUGAUGUUUGGAAGAUCUGAAAUGUGAGUAGGAUGUAUUCAGCUGUUUAAUAUGUAGCUUAGACUUUCAAAAGUAUGCAUGUAGAAUUUAAUAAUUUGUUGAAAAUAAACAAUUGAUUUUAAUAUUUGGUUUGGAAAGCAUGUUAAAAUACAAUGUUUUCACUUUA